AUGCCGAGGGCCACUCGGUCAUCGACUGCCAGAGCUUAUAACGAUGCUGUGACUCAGGAACCACAACAAUUAUCAAGCCCGCCUGCUACUCCGGACGUCUCCAAGAAGGGAUCCAGAAGAGCUAGAUCGAAUACAGGUAAAAGUGGCAAUGUGAAAGAGGAAGUUCCCAGUACUCCCGCGAACUCGAGCCGAAAGCGUUCACGGAAGCCCAGCAAGCAGGAAGAGGGAGACGUCAAUGAUUUGCCACAUAACCUUGGCACAGCUUUACCUACACCUGGCCUUGAGGAGACAGAAGACCUUGCAAGUACUCGGCCUCAGAAACGAUCAAAGCGCUCAGAUCCCUUUGAGAAGCUCGAUCCAGAAGUGAAGAGGACGCCCAAGAAGGCAAAUUACGGCUUGACUCCUGGUGUUUCUCCAUAUCCGGACUUUUUGCGUCCCACGCCAGAAGAAUGCGAAGAAGUUGUACGAAUACUUGAGAAGAAACAUGGAAAAGUCAUUGUGCCGAACGCCGUUCCGCCGCCCUCUCUCGAUGUCGCUGGCUGUGGAGAAGUGCCUUCCGUUCUCGAUGCUUUGAUUCGAACCCGACUUAGUGCAAACACGACGAAUAAAAACUCAAGCACUGCAUUUCAAGGUCUAGUUGCCCGAUUCGGCACACUGAAGGAGGGCAUUGGCAAAGGAAGUGUUGACUGGGAUGCUGUUCGGCGCGCCCCCAACCACGAAGUCUUUAAAGCUAUCGAACGCGGUGGUUUGGCUAAGAUCAAGUCAAAAGAUAUACAAGAGAUACUGCAGAUGGCUUACGAAGAGAACCAGGAGCGCAGGAGUGCGUUGACCAGUCCAUCGGGCGAUCCAGCCGGAGCUGAGCAUGAGCCUGAAAGUGAGAAACAGGAAGAGAUUGCAAAGGCGAAGCAAAACGUCAUUUCUCUCGAUCACCUCCAUCUUCUGAGCACCAACGAGGCUAUUGAGAAGAUGUUGUCGUUUCCUGGCAUUGGACCAAAGACAGCAUCAUGUGUGGCACUCUUCUGCCUACAGCGGCCCUCUUUUGCCGUCGACACACACGUCUUUCGUCUGUGCCAAUACCUUGGGUGGGUCCCAAAGUCCGUCAAGAAAGGCGAGCCCAAGGUCGACAGAAACACGACUUACUCUCACUGUGAUGCUCGCAUUCCUGACGAGUUCAAAUACCCGCUCCAUCAACUUCUCAUCAAGCACGGCAAAGUGUGUCCUCGGUGCAGAGCGAUUACCGGCACCACGAGCGCCAAUUGGGAGGAGGGGUGUCCUAUAGAACACCUCGUCAAGCGCCAUGGUUCGAAGAAAGGUGGAAGUUCUGCAGCUGCUAGGGAGAAAGCCAAGGAUGCAGCGCAAGAAGGCGACGAAGCUGAGGAUGAAGAAGAUGUUAGUGCAGAUGAAGAGCGGUGA